UUUGCGUGUUAUUUGAGUAGUGAUAAGAAAAUCUCUUGUUUUGGCGCGACAAUGUAGUCACUUUUUUAGCGCACCCUGAUUCCUUUCUGGGGACAUCCCGUUCACUUUUUAUUCCCUUCCAGCAUUAUUUUAAUAACCUUGCUACUGCUGGUAGAGGUAGCUUUUGUAUAUUCACCGUUUUGAGGCUUUAGUGAACUUCAGCAAACAUGAAUGGAGAAGUUCCAAGUGUUCCCAUUACCACAUUGUCUGGAAUUUCAAGUCUCACCGAUUUAUUAACCGAGCUACCCCUGCCAUCACCAUUACCAUGCACCAUCAACAACAAGGGGUUGUUAUACAGCCCUCGUGUGGCAGAUGAAGCUAAGCGACUUUUGGGGUUGCAAGAUGAGAACCUUGUACCCCAGCUUCUGCACGCACUCGGCCAGACUAGCACAGACAAUAUAGAACUGAAGGACAAGUCCAGCAGUAAUGAAAUUGAAGGGGACAUACCUGUCUUGCUGCAAGCGAUACUAGCUCGAAAUCCGAACGUCUUCAAACAAAAGCGAAUGGAACAGAUUGGAGGUGUUUCUCCGAGACAACCCAUGGCACCGUCACCAUACUAUCAGACAUCCCCAGAGGGUGCUGUUCAACAUAGUCCAUACAAUCGCAGUCACAUGACAGGAAUGCAAGGCUCACCUGUUCCCACGUCGGUUAACGGUUACACGGGACACCAGUUUUCACCAGCCACAGCUACCAGCCCAAGUCAACCGGUUCCAACGCCAUCACCAGUGCAGGGGAAAUCAAGAUCACAGCUGGCCCAACCGCCUAAUGGAGCUGGUCCAUCAGGCGACUAUGCGCAACAGGCAGCACCCAGGGGGCGGGGCAGACCUCGGAAACGCCCACCAAAUCAAGAUGUCAAUCAGAGAGCGGCUGCUGGAAAGGAGUCAGACGCCGGCGUUUCUCCAGCUGACUACAAUUCUCCUUAUCACUUCCCUGGCGAUUCUCAUCCCGGCCAAGAGAGUUCCUCCCAUGAUACGUCGCGCGAUGUCACCGAGUCGGACUCCUCCGUAAAAGACUCAAGUCGCAGAAAAAAAAGGAAUAAAUCUCACAAAGAGGAACGGGAGAGAGAGAAGAUUCUACCGCAGUAUAACAUCGUCAGUUCGCCAGAUACCAGCGGGUCAACAAAGAUCAAACUAAAGCUAGCGAGGCCUGGGGCGAACUUGAAGACAGCCGCAGAGCCAAAGGAAAAAGAUAAACUGCCCGAGUCGGGGCUAGAACCUAAGCCCGAGCCAGUUAACCAACCUGAGGAGACUGUGUUGACGGCCGAGCCAGAGAAAAUAUUGAAAGAACCAGAACAAGUUGUGAGGGAAGAAGUGAAAAAGGACACCUCGGAGAAUGAUGUUGCCAAGGAAAUGGACAAUGUGUUUGUGGAAGAUGUUACUUUGGAUGAGAGGACUGGUGUGAUUAGUGCUCAAGAUACGGCGAAACCGCCAAAGGAGGUCACUCCAAAGAGGGUCAUUUCUAAGGAUGUCACUCCCAAGGAGGUCACUUCCAAGAAGAUCAUUUCCAAGGAGGUUAUUCUCAAGGAGGUCACUCCCAAGGAGGUAACUUCCAAGGAGGUCGCUCUCAAAGAGGUCACACCCAAGGGGGUCACGCCCAAGGAGGUCACGCCCAAGGAGGUCACUCCCAAGGAGGUCCUUACGGAGGUCACUCCGGAGGUCACUCCGGAGAAACCCCUUAAGGAAGAGGGUCGAAGAACGAGGCAGGCGUCGACACCUCAGGACAGAGAAAGCAUAGGAGAAAAUGAAAAUGCCAUGAUUUGUGGAUCAGAAGACGGAGACUCAACUUCAAAAAGUGCAAUCGGCCAACCCAGGCUUCUCCUCACAAAGAUCUCAAUAACAGAGGACCAGGCCGCCAUGAUGAGUAAACCUCUCGGCCGCGGCAAGAAGCGGUUAAGGAAGAGCACGGAAAGUGAUGAGGAGUGGGAACCAGCUCCUCCUCCGGCCUCGAGGCAAGAUGCUCUUCCGUCACCGGUGUCUCAAGGACCUCCCACCCAGAUCUUCAUUGAGAGGGGGAAUGACGACAAGGAAGAAGAUGAGGAAGGAGCACCCAAGAAGAAGUUGAAGCGUGACAAAACUCCUACCAAGAGAGUCACGCAAAUGGAUGAUGACGAGUUAACAGAGUCUGCAACGUUCAAGAGAUUCCAUGCAGCAAUGGAAGCUGUGUUUGAGGGAUCGGAGGAAAUGGAUCUGACAGUUGAGCAAGCUGAUGAUGAAGAGGAAACAGACGAGUGUAGUCCAGACUUGCUCAUCAGCAAACCUCUUCUGAACGAUCUCCUCUCUGAGUCUGCCAAACUCAAAUCGAUGACGCUUAUGAACCAGAUUCCACAUGAAAGACUUGUGCGAUUAUUGAACAUCCUGGAGAGAAACAUUCGAGAUGGCACAAAAGUGAAACCCAAUGUGAAUCAUGACGAGGGUGCCCGUGGGGAGCGACUAUGGCGUGAGCUAGCCAUGGAGAGGAUCACCCACUCCAUGGACUCUGCCCUGACGGCCCUGUACAUCAUGACCUCGGAGGCCAUGCCCAAGGAGGUGUUUAUCGAGGACGUCAUCGAUCGCAUCACAAAUCUAGCCAAGUUCCAGCUGCAGAAUUCAAUCUAUCCUGAGUUUGACCCGGUGUAUCGAGUCAGCGGUGAUAAAAAUGCUGUGUACACCAACAUGAAGAUGAAGCGAGCGCGUGCCCAUGGCUCCAGCGAAAAGUCCAUUCUUGCCCUGUACAACAAACUGUGUGUCUUAGUCUCCAACUUGGCCGAGUUGUUAGACAUCCAGAUCUUGACCGAUUCAACGGUCUUGAUGGUGUCAUCCAUUGGAACAGCACCCUUCUUUGUGGAGAAUAUCAGCGAGCUUCAGCUCAGUGCUAUGAAACUCAUAUCAACGGUGUUUUCCAAGUAUGAGAAGCACAGGCAACUGAUCUUGGAAGACAUCUUUGCGUCGCUUGCAAGGUUGCCAUCAAGUAAGAAGAACCUCAGAAAUUUCAGGCUGAACCAGGACACCAAUAUCCAGAUGGUGACAGCUCUGGUAUUGCAAUUGAUUCAAUGCGUCGUGGUGUUACAUCAACCUAAAGAAGACGUUGAGAACAAUCAGAGCGGAUCCGAUUCAGAGUAUGAGUACGAUUUCGACGAUGAAGAUACCAAAAAGUCACGAGAUGCCGAUAAAGAUGUCAUGAUCGUGAAUACUUACGAGACAGCUGUAAGAACGGGGCAAAACUUCUUAUCAGUUUUCCUGAAGAAGUGCGUAAGUCGAGACGAGGAGGACUAUCGACCUCUCUUUGAGAAUUUCGUCCAAGAUCUGCUGUCUUCUGUCAAUAAACCGGAAUGGCCCGCAGCCGAGCUGCUCUUGAGUUUACUUGGAAGAUUACUGAUGCAUCAAUUUAACAAUCGCUCCAAUGACAUGACGAUGCGUGUGUCGUCUUUAGACUACCUUGGACAGAUUGCCAGUAGGUUAAGGAAGCACGCAGUCUCUAGCAACAUGGACCAAGAAACUCUGGACACUAUCGUCAAUCAGACGAGUGCAGCCUGUGGUGAUGAGUCUCCGACAGAUGCUAAAGACGCUGACAACCGAGACUACAUCCAGACGUUACAGCAGUCUAUGCUAGACUACCUGUCCUACAACAGUCAGAAUGAUCCUGCUAUACUGUUUGCGAGACACUUCUACGUUGCUCAGUGGUUCCGAGACACCACGGCCGAGGUGGAGCAAACCAUCAAGGCACCAAGGCCUCAACGAGAUGACAGCGAUGACGACAGCGAAGGGGAAGACGCCCCGGUGGACAACACCACUGAUAUCAUCCAAGCUGCCGAGAGGAGGAAACUCUUCUUGAAGUCUUUCAUCAAAGUCUCGUCCAAGUCCAACCUGUCCUUCAAGAGAUCAAGACACAUCUUAACCUAUGAGAGUUCAUCCCUUGUAGCUAGGUACCUUGCCUCCAAGAGACCCUUCUCACAAAGUUUUGACAUCUAUCUUAGCCAGAUUCUGCGGGUGCUUAGCGAGACAGCAGUAGCUGUAAGAACGAAAGCGAUGAAGUGUUUGUCCUCAGUGGUAGCAGCUGAUCCAUCUGUCUUGGGCAGGGCUGAUGUUCAACGGGGAGUGCACUGUAGGUUCAUGGAUCAAUCCACCAGCGUCAGGGAGGCUGCGGUAGAGUUAGUCGGCAAGUUUGUGCUGAUGAAGCCGGAGUUAAUUAAUCGCUACUACAGCAUGCUCAUUGAAAGAAUACUUGAUACUGGUAUCAGUGUACGUAAACGAGUCAUCAAAACACUACGUGACAUCUGCAUUGAGCAGCCAGACUUCCCCAAGGUGCCUGAAAUUUGUAACAAAAUCAUUCGUCGAGUUAACGACGAAGAAGGAAUCAAGAAACUUGUGAAUGAGACAUUCCAACAGAUGUGGUUUACGCCGUUGCCGACGGCGAACACGGAUAAACUUCUCAAGAGAGCCCUCAAUGUCAUCGAGGUUGUCGCAGCGAGCAAAGAAUCAGGCUAUGAUUGGCUGGAACAACUUCUAACCAACUUAUUAAAAGCAGAGGAAGACUCGAGACAGAAACCAGUACAGAAAGCUUGUUUGCAGAUCACAGACUGUCUGGUUGAGCAUGUACUCAGAUUAGAACUACAGUCGACAGAAUCGUCAGCUGAAGGCAAGGCCAGCAGUCAGCGUCUCGUCAGCUGUCUUCAGACGUUGUAUCUCUUCAGUAAAGUCAAGCCUGCCCUCAUGCUUGCCCAUGCCAUGACAUUUCAACCCUACCUCAGCACAAGAUGCAGUACGCACGGUGAUUUCCUUGUGGUGCACAACGUCGCCCGUAUCCUGGAGCUAGUGGUGCCCCUGAUGGAUCACCCCAGCGAGAUAUUCCUGGCCAGUUUAGAAGAAGACAUGAUGAAGCUCAUCAUCAGACAUGGUCAAACAGUUUUACAGAGCUGUGUGAGCUGCCUUGGUGCUAUUGUUAAUAACGUCACACACAACUACAAGCUAGUAAGGGACUGCUUCCAGAAAUACUUUGCCGUGCUGUCCAAACUGAAAGCUGAGCAUGAGUCCAACCCGGACAGUGCCACCAUGGCUAAAAACAAACACACACUCCUGAGGGCGCUCUUCACUGUCGGGCUCUUCUGUAAACACUUUGAUUUUGAUGCUGGCAUCAAACACUUAAAGGCAGGAGACAGCCCCAGGACCCCAAGAAAUCCUCAUGGCGUACAACAUGUACCGAUACGAGAACGCGUCUUCGAUGUUCUCUUCUAUUUCUGUUUCCACGAGGACGAGGAGGUCAAACUGAAGGCCAUCAGUGGUGCUGGUUUCUUGUGCAAUCGUCAUGCCUCCUUCCUACUGGGUUCUAAGAUUAAGAAUAUGUACUGCGACAUCCUGGAGAAUAGAGAUGCCUCCAUCAAGCUUCUCUGCCAGGUUUUGAAGAAUAUUCAGCUGUAUCUGACGGAAGAAGACGAGCGAAUGAGAAGAGCUGAUGCUGAGUGGAAUCGUCUUGGCAACAAGGAAGACUUGAAGGAGAUGGGAGAUGUCCAGUCGGGCAUGAGCAGUUCCGUUAUGCAGCUGUAUCUGAAGCAAGUUAUGGAAGCCAUGAUGCACAAACAAUCUGUCGUACGUCUGUCGGCGUUACAAGUGAUCAUCGCAACCCUUAAACAGGGCCUUGUCCAUCCCGUACAGUGCGUUCCGUAUCUCAUCGCCAUGGGGAGUGACAGUGAAGGAACAAUCAGAAUAAAAGCUGACCAGCAGUUAUCGGACAUUGACAGCAGAUAUCCUGGCUUUAUUCAGAUGAAAGCCAUUGCUGGCAUCAAGAUGGCGUUUCGCCUUCAGAAGCUUCUCCAGGAUGACUGGACGAGUCCGCUGCGUGGGAUGCGGGAGAAGGAUAGCUACUACAGCCUGUCGAACCACGUCUACAGCAUCAUCAGGGGACAUCGUCAACACAGGAGGGCGCUCUUACUCUGCUUACUCAACCUAUUCGACGAACAAGCGAAAACGGAACUGGAUCUUCUUGUGUUUGUUGCCGACAACCUUGCCUACUUCCCUUAUGUGGUUCAAGAUGAGCCUCUGUUUGUCAUGCAUCACAUUGAGAUAACGGUGUCAGUAUCCGGAGCCAAUCUACUGCAGACAUUUAAAGAUUCCUUUCUAAAGAAGCAACCAUCUCGGCCAGCUUCCCGGUCGUCAAGGUCCAGUGUGGACGGCAAGAAAGUUGAGUUCAGUGACGAUGAAGAGGAAGAUGAAGACAUCCUCAUGAACCUCAUACCGGAAGACCCAACUCAGUUACUGGAGUGCUGUGUUGCAUCGCAGGCUUGCAUCAUGCUUCUGGUUCUUAAGCAACAUCUUAAAGACAUGUAUGGCUUCAGGGAUAGCACGAUCCACAGAUACUCGCCCACGGAAGCAGCCAAAGUAUACGACAAAGCGUUGAAUCGCAAAUCUAGCGUGAUGUUCAACCCGGCGAGGGCGCUAGAGCUUCUGAGUGUCGGUCAGCCAAAGAUAACCCUGACAGACCGAGACAAGAGGGACAUCGUUGCAGAGUAUUUAGAUUUCAAGCAGCUGAUGGAGCUGAUGGAUCCCUCAGAUGACGAGGAGGAUGAGGAGAAAGCCAAGGCCCAGGCCGCUGCCAUGGCCUCUACCUCCUCUACCACCACAGCGCCCAACAACACCUCAGGGAACGCUGAGGAGGACAGCAGGCCUAACGCUGGUGGAGCUGGAGGGAGCCCCGAGGCAGUGGUGGCCCCAGUCAGGGUGGAUGAUGAUGACUCUGAUGUUGCGCCGUGUUCACCGCCGUUGGGAGAUGUACAGAUACAUAAAGUAAAACGACCAAAGACCAAAAGCCGACGGCCGCCUCCGAAGGUAAUCAAGAAAACGCCUAAGCCGAGAAAGAAACGACGGAAAUAUGUUGACGACAGUGAUGAAGAUGAUGAGAGUGAUGAGAGCGAUCCAGACUUCAUGGUCUAACGACGUCUUGACCCCUGACCCCACUCGCCCAUGGACACCAAGAUUGUGCGUGGUAGUGAUCCGUGACGCCCCCCCCCCCCCCUACCGUGGACCAAAGUUUGUUUGUUUUCUCUCUCGGGAUUCUCUACUCGCUAUGCUCUUAUGAAAUAUACUAUUAAAUGUUAUAAACCACAAGGGAAACUGACUGGGUAAAUUUGAUGUGAUAUGGGGUUGAACAAAGACAAAAGAGUGGGACUCAAACCAAUAACCUCUGGAUUCUCUACUCACUAUGCUCUUAUGAAAAGUAAUAUAAUAUUUUAUCUCUGCCUUGGCAUGUGAAAGGUCAGAUGUGAAAGGUCAGAUAUGAAAAGUCGGAUACGAAAGACCAAGAUAUGAAAAUCAGAUAUAAAGGUCAGAUAUGAAAGGUCAAAUAUGAAAGACCCAGAUAAUAAAUUCAGAUAUUAAAGUUCAUAAAUGAAAGUUCAGA